CUGUCCGGCAAAAGGGAAAAUCAUGCUCCCUGAUAUGGAAACUUUAUGGUUGUACAAGUCACAUAAACAUUGUAAUAAAAAUAAAAAACUAUUAGCUACUUUUAGAAAAACUUUAAUAGAUAGAGCAACACGAGAACAAACCAAUCAUAGGAUUAUUUUUAAUGAAGUGUGUGCUAGACCUGAGUUUAGGAGUUUAAAUGUGCCAUAUAAAAUGUUUAAGAGACAAAUGUCAAAAGCAAAAAAAGAAAAUUUGCCUCCUGAACCGAACUCAAUGUUAUCCUUCAAAAAUCAAAUGUUGAAUGACUUUGCAGAAAAAGUACAAAUUGAGGGAGAAAGUAUUUUUAUUGGACAAACUGGAAAUUUGGAAGAUGGCAUUUCACUUGUGUUUAUUGUUCCAAAAUUAAAGAGACUCUUGAGAAGUGGAAUCGAAUUUGUCAUUGAUGGAACUUUCAAAGCAUCUCCAAAAUUUCGAGGUGAAUGUUGUCAACUUUUUGUAAUAAUGGGAAUGUAUAUGGACAAUGGUUUUCCAAUAGUAUAUUCUCUAAUGAGUAACAAAACUGAAACCAGUUAUAUACAUUUGUUCAGUUACCUAAAAAAUAUUUUAAAAUGGAACCCAAAAUGUAUAUCUGUGGACUUUGAAAAUUCGUCCAUUGCAGCAAUGAAGUCAGUGUUCUCAGACAUAAACAUUUAUGGUUGUUGGUUUCAUCAUUCCCAAUGUGUUUGGCGUCACAUUCAAAAGAAAGGUUUAACUGAUUUAUGCCGUAGAAAUCGAACUGCCUAUGACAUUGUUCAUAUGCUUAUGGCAAUUCCUCUAUUACCUAAGGAUAAAACAUUUGAAGGAUUUGAGAAUAUAUUACAAUUUUAUGUUGAAGAGCUUCAUAGUGUUUUAAGCAUUACAAAUAGACAUAAUAUGAAAUCUUUAUUGCGAUACUACUAUAAUACUUGGAUUAUCGGUAAUUUAAGCAGCAUUAUGUCAGUUAAUAAUCGAGUUCGCAGGACAAACAAUCACCUUGAAGUCAGUCAUAUGCACCUAAUGAAGCACAUUCAACAUCCUAACCCAUCUCCAUGGAUUUUUCUUGAGAAACUUAUUACCUUCAUGAAAGGAAUUACAAAUGAUUUUUCACUAGUUCAAGAUGGUAUAGAAAUCAGACAUGAACAACCAAAAAAAUGGAAGAAACUGGAUAAGAAAAUUCAUAUUGCCACCAAAAAACUGCGCUAUGAAAGGUUCAGUGUAUUCGAAUUUCUUCUAUAUACAAGGCACACUACACCAAAUUUUGGUAUGGAUCGACCAACCAACAAUAGCUUUGAAGAAAUUGAAGAACAUAACAUUACCACUCAUGUUAUUCAUCGCCCAGAUGCUUCACUGCCUACAUCAUCACUGUUAAUUGGUUCUGAUGUAGAAGAAAGUACUCCUAAUGCUACAUCGACACCAAAUCAUAUGGCUCAAAUAAGUUUUGACGUGGAAGAAGACAUACAAAAUUUGAACACUUCACCAUUGGUUAAUUCUCCAUUUGGCUCUGAUGUAGAAGUGAGUACUGCUAAUGCUACAUGGACACCAAAUCAUAUGGAUCGUUUAAGUUUUAACGUAGAAGAAGACAUACAAAAUUUGAACACUUCACCAUUGAUUAAUUCUUCAUUUGGCUCUGAUGUAGAAGUGAGUACUGCUAAUGCUACAUGGACACCAAAUCAUAUGGAUCGUUUAAGUUUUAACACAGAAGAAGACAUACAAAAUUUGAGCACUUCACCAUUGAUUAAUUCUUCGUUGGGGUCUGAUGUAGAAGAAGAAAUAUUUAGUUUGGACGUUUCACUGCCUGCACCGAUAGUCUCUCCAAAUAGUGCUGAUGUAGAAGUAGUGCAUAGUCCUAUACCGUCACCAAUUAUUAAUGUGUCUCAAUUUAAUAAUGAUGUGGAAGACAACGAUCUUCAAGAAGAAAUUGACUUAUCGGGAGAUUCAUCAUUGUCACCUAUUUGGACACCGAGAGUAGUAAUGCUACCACCUACCAUUGUAACACCGCCUUCAGAAAUUCCACUUUUGCCGAUAGUACCACGACGAGUUGUUUCACCGAUUAUAGAAAUUGAAUUAAACUUGGAUAUAAGAAGACAAGUAUGUGUGGCAUGUCUCAAUGAAGAUUGUGCUAAUGCAAAAAUAUUUCCUUGUGAGCAUAUAUGUUUAUGUGGGGAUUGUGUGCAACAUUUAGAACAGAACGUCUGCCCCUUAUGCAGAUCUCCAAUUGAGAAAAUAAUUAUUUAUAUUUAA